CUUCAGGCAGGUACCAGCCUCGAGUUGUCCUUCCUCCACGCUCUUUCUUCUCCGUCUCUCUGAAGCUUCGCCGGUCUCGAAGCUUUGCGUCUGCGCCGUCAUAACUACCCGACUCAUCGUUCUCCUCUGCACAAAGACAUGUCCGCCUCGCCGCUCAUCUCCGCCGUCUCGACUCCGUGCUCCUACGUCUCUCGUCCGCUUCUCGGCCCAGCGCCGGCUCCGCCCAGUGCCAUAGCGCUGCUCGAGCCGCCGCCGCUCUCGCUUCUUCCUCUCUCGCCGCCGCAUGAGCGCGAGCUCUAUGCCUUCGCGGCGCAGGGCAGUGCGGCAGCGCGCUACCGCCAGCGCCUCGCCGAGCAGGCGGCGCUGCGGCGCGCAGCAGAGUGCGGCACACCGCAGGCCAGCGACUCUGAUGUCGAAGCGCCGCCGAGCAGCUCGUCGUCGCGCGGCAGCGUAAGUACAGACGAUAGCAGUCACUCUGCGUCUACUGCCGCCACGUCUGUUGCCGAGGAGCCGCCGGGCGCAGACAGCAGCGACAAAGCCGUGGCGCCGAGCGAGGCGCCCGAGCCCUCGCCGGAUGGCCUCUCGCCGACCAGCGCUCUGGCCUUUCUGCGGCGUCCAUCGCGACUUGCCCUGCCAAAGAAAUUCUUGCAGGCACGCCGCAGCUCCGCGACAACGCCGGGCGAGGCAUGCGAUGCGUCCCCGCCGAGUGCACCUCCGGCAGUGGCCCAUCCCAUGCCGGCGCGUGUGGCAGCGCUUGCUGCGCCUGUCAUCUCGCCAGAGACGCUCGCGCUCGUCACGCCUCCGACGUCGCUCGUGUUCCGCUCGGCUGCCGUGGCGGCGCUGUGCCUCGACGUCCCGGCGCUGUCGCGCAGCAGCGAGGCGCAUCCGGCCGUGCCCGUCGUGCCGGGAGCGCUGCCAGACUUGUUCCGCUCGCUGGCAGGUGCCGAGCCUGCGCCGCUAGAGUGGCCACUGAGCUGCUCGCAGGUCGGUGCCAUUCGUGCGGCGCGCGCUCGCAAGCUCGGCGCCCUGCUGUCGUGCAAUGUAACGCCGCCGCCCGCGAGCAGCGACACACCCGCGUCGCCCAGCAAGCGCUCCUUCGGCUGGCUGCGCCGCGGCAGCUUCAUCGCCACCAAGGCGCGCAGCGCAUCCACGACCGAGACGAAGGGCAAAAGCAAGCUCUCGCUCCUAUCGCCCCCUGCCAGUCCUCGCUUCUUGUCUGUGCCGUCGCCUCGACACGCCUGCGCGCCGCAGACGCCCGUCAUCGACGAUGUCGCCGUCACUUCUGCCCUCGCGCAGCAGGACACCGUCGACGAGGCGCUCGAGGGCCUGACGAGCGCGCUCGGCCGUCUGGACUGGCGUUGGGGCGGCGCCGCCCAUGCGCUCUGGGGCGAGGGCUGUGGCAAUCGCCACGUUGACGACGAUGUGGCACCUGACCAGCGCCGCGUUUCGGAGGCAAGCACUAAGAGCGUCGCGUCGGCGCCCGCCGAGCUGGGCUCGGGUGACAGCUUGACGCCGCUACGCAAGACACCCACCGACAACUCCAAGCUGAAGCGAGAGCGCUCGCUCAAUGCCACAACGCUUGAGUCGGGCGGCCUGCUGCCGCCAGGCGCGCCGCCGCUGCAGCACUGGCAGGGCUUCAACCAGGCGUACGCCAGCGGCUCGCUGGACUUGGACCUGCCGCAUGACAUACCGCGCGGCGUGCCAGAAUUUCGCACCUGUCCCGACGCAAGCCCCCUCUGUCCUGGCCCCUACCACGCUCCGCCUCCGACGUGGGAGGCAGAGCGCCUGCGGACCUAUUGGCGGCUCUCUGUCGACGACCUGGAUCCGGAGCGGCUGCGCCGCGUCUGCGAUCUAGUCGACGGAUGCGCAGCGUACCUAGGCGUCCCUACCAAGGCGCUGAGCUUCUUCGAGGUCGGAGGCCAAGUGCAACAGCUCACGCGCGAGGGUCUUCAGCCGUUUGAGCGCGAGCGUGGCGCCACGGCGUGUGGUCAUGCAGCUCUCAACCGCAACAAUGGCAUCGUCGUGCUCGACACGGAGGGCGACUGGCGCUUCCGCUACCUCACUGCGGACAGCAUCCGCUUCUACGCCGGCAUGCCCGUGCUCUCCUCGUCGGGUCUGCCGGUUGCAGUCCUCUGCUUCUACGAUGUUGCGCCUUGGACUGCCUUUACCACCGAGCAGCGCAACAAGAUGCGCGAGACGGCGCGCUGGAUCGGCAACGAGCUCGAAGCACACUGGCGCUGCCUGUGGGAGCGCAAGGUCGAGCGCAUGGCGUGCAGCUACCGCACGAUUCAGGCGUCGCUCGAGGACGUGAGCUGGACGUCCAGAGGUGCAAGCGUGUCGAGGACGCCCAGCACGCCGGGCCUCAGCCGCGGACCCGCGAUGCCCAUCGGCCCGCCGAGUCCGCCGUCCGGCGCCCACCACGGCGCGCUUGCGCCCGCGCUUACGACGGUGCACAAUCCCAUCGACCUCGAGGCGCUAGCCGAGCUCGGCACACUGUUCACUCUCGAAGACACUGAGCGGCUGCGCAGCGCAUGUGAGACGAUUGCGGGCAUCGUCGACCUGGACACGGUCUACCUCGCGGCGGCCAAGCUAGACGAGCCAUCUCCGGCGGAGAAGCCCAAGCCGGAGGCGCCUAUCCUCUCGCCAAUGCUCAGCCCCGCCCGUACGGCAGCGGCGAACGGCACAUGCACCCUGCUUGCGCAGCAUGGCCUGCCGGCCGUCUGGCCUCGCUUCGAAACGACGCUGCACGCUCGCGCAUUUACGCGCAGUCACGAGCCGUACGUGCUCUUCCAGAACGCCUGCGGCAAGGGCGUGCCGACGCGGCCGGAGGAUGCCGACUUGACCCUGCCGCGCUGCGCCACCGAGAAGAAGACCAAGCCGACGUUCGCAGCCGGCGCCAUCGUGCCAAUCGCCACGGAUACGCAGCUCCGCAGCAAGACGCACAUCUUUGGCGAGGCACAGGGAUCGGCCCCCGCGACCGUCGGCUACGUGCUCGUUGCCCUUGCUCGCAAUCCGCGUCGCGCUCUCGGCGUCGAGGACCUGCGCUACCUGCAGUCGGUGACGCACCUCUUCGAGGCGCCGCUUGAGAAGAGCAUGCUGGCGGCGCAGACCGCAGCCGAGCUCUGUGCACCGCCGACUCCGACACCCAGCUCUCUCGCUGCGCCGCCGCACGAGAAACACGCCCGCGCCGGCAAGGGCGAGCUCGCCCGUGGGCUGCUGCACGGCGGUGCGAAGCGCUGCGGCGCGGUCAUAUCGAGUGGCAGUGCGACAGCGUCGAGAGCCGCAACGGCUGCAGCUGCGGCUGGAGCGCACAAGGCGGCCAAAGCAGCCUCAGCUGGCACGCGCGUCGUGCAGGGCGGCGCCUCGGCCAUUGCUGCAACUGUACUCAAGGGCGUCGAAGCCACGCCGCUCAAGGCUCGUCGCGGCGGCGGCAAGGCGGACCUCGUGAUCGACAGCGCAGCACGGCCGUCGAUGCCGCCUUCUCUGCUCUCGAUGCAGUCUGGCCAGAGCGCGCUUUCCAAGUCCUCCGGCGGCUCAGCCCCGACGCAGCUCAAGGGCAAGCGCAGCGAAGGCGAGCUGAACCUCUCUGGACAGGUGCGGCGCAAGAUCCUCGGCGCCAAGGCUGCACCUGCCGCUGGUAGCACGCUCGGAGUGCGCCGCUUUGCCUCCAAUGAGACGCACCGCACCUGCUCGACCACCAGCAGCCUGUGCGCCUCUGCCGGCGUCGCUGCGGCACUCGCUGCGACCGCUGCGAUCGUCCCUCGCGCCGUGCUGGAGGACAAAGUCACGCCCAAGGCCCGGCCGGGCGCGCGUACGCUCGGCCAGCAUCUCGGCAUCCCGAUGCCGAAGCGCAGCCGCUCGUACAGCCACGCGGGAAGCAUCACCGAGGAGAGAGCACCGCCGAGCACGCUGGUCGACACUCACGGCGCUUCGUCCACGCCGCCGUCGUGCUCGCCGGCGCCAGUCUUCGUCAUGCGCGUCGACGGCGCCUCGGCAUUUGAGUGCACGCCAGAGUUCCGCAUCCAGCGCGUGGACGGCGCGACGUCGCUGCCACCGCCCUCGCCGCCGCUCAGCCCGCGCUCGCUGCGGCCCACGGCCGAGAUGACGCAGCGGCCGCCCAGCCCGCUGGCGUUCCGGCCGAUGGGUGCGCUGCCCGGAGGCACGCUCGCCCCGCGCAUACGGCCCAGUGUGUCGCGCGCAGCAGGGCCGAGUCAGGCAGCAGGCCUGGGCGUGCCGCCCGCGGCCGUCGCGGCAGUGAGCCCCUGGAUCGAGCUGAGCAACAUGCCGGCGGCGCGGGCGGCCAAAGGGCUCGGCAUUGCACAGUGACAGGCAUUGCAAUGCUAUCUGUCCGCCCUGCAGAGCGCGAGAGGCGAUGCUGUGCGAGUCAGAGACGCUGCUCGUGCAGGCGUCGCGGAGGAGACAUGGAAUAGGCGAGAUAUCAUACAUCGGAGACGAUGGGAGACGGAGUAUAGAGGGGCCCGAGGCGCCCGUGCGCUGCGGCCGAGACGCUGAAGAGGUGCUGGCGAGUGGCUUACAGCUUCGCGUUCUCGGGCAUGAGACGCAGCGCCUGCCGGAUGCCGAGGUCGGCAAGAAUCUCCUCGGAGCCGCCGAGCACGGCG